GAUGACGUCACAGUUAGCAUGUAUAGUAAAACAUCCAGGGGCUUGGCGGCUCCCUAGUGUUUUCGGCUCUUGCUCCACAAAUAUCUACAUUUGCUUAUUUCUACGCCUGACGCGCGUGCACAGAACCAUCGCGGAAUGAGUUAGAGUGUGUUUUUAGUGUGCCAGAGCACUGAACAUGGGACUGUGCUGCGUUCACGUCCUCCUACUGCUCUUUCUGCAGGCUCUGCGAGCAUUUGCUGAAGGCUCAGAUGUACAUCUGGUGUGUCUUUGUGAAGGCCCAAAAUGCCUCCAGGCCACAGAGUGCCACGGCUCUCAGUGCUUCUCCUCUGUUAUCGUCCUGAGUGAUGGAGAUGUGUUUGAGCGCGGCUGUUUAAAUGGGCCGAAUAAAAUCCGCCUCCACUGCUCCACACCUCCAUCUGUCAAGCAAGCCAUCCUCUGCUGUGCCCAGGACAAAUGUAACGGCAACACCACCGUGAGCUCACUGAAGUCUCUCCUGCCAUCAGCCCCAGAAGGUCAGCCAGUACGAUACCGCGUGGAGAUGUUUGCGCUCUUUGUACUGGGCCCUGUGGUGGUUCUGGUUCUGCUGUCUGUGGUGUCGGUGCUGGCCUGCAGGAGGCUCCACCACGGCCGACUGCAGAGGCUGCAGGAGUUUGAUCCCGAGCAGGGAGCCAUAGACGGCCUCAUCUCCUCCAACGUGGGGAACAGCACUUUAGCGGACCUCUUGGAUCAGUCGUGCACAUCAGGGAGCGGGUCAGGCCUUCCCUUCCUGGUCCAGAGGACUGUAGCCAGACAGACAAGUCUGCUGGAGUGUGUGGGUAAGGGCCGGUAUGGAGAGGUGUGGCGAGGCCAGUGGCAGGGCGAGAACGUGGCGGUGAAAAUCUUCUCCUCCAGAGAUGAAAAGUCUUGGUUCAGAGAAACUGAAAUCUACAGCACCGUGCUGCUGAGGCAUGAAAACAUACUUGAGUUCAUGGCGUCGGACAUGACUUCUCGUAACUCCAGCACCCAGCUGUGGCUGAUCACCCACUACCAUGAAAACGGCUCGCUGUACGACUACCUGCAGCGAGUCGCGGUUGAGACGUCGGAGGGCCUGGCCAUGGCGGCGUCUGUGGCCUGCGGGCUGGUGCACCUGCACACAGAGAUCAUCGGCACGGAGGGAAAAGCCGCCAUCGCACACAGAGACCUGAAGAGCAAAAACAUCCUGGUGACGAAGGAGCUGCGCUGCUGCAUCGCAGACUUAGGGCUGGCUGUGACCCACACUCAAGCAGACAACCUGCUGGAUGUGGGCAGCAACCCCAAGGUUGGCACCAAGCGCUACAUGGCACCCGAGGUGCUGGAUGACAGCAUUCAGACCGACUGCUUCGAUGCCUACAAGAGAGUCGACAUAUGGGCCUUCGGACUGGUGCUGUGGGAGAUAGCCCGCCGCACGUACAGUAACGGUAUUGUAGAAGAGUACAAACCUCCGUUUUACGAUCAGGUGCCAAACGAUCCGAGCUUCGAGGACAUGAAGAAGGUGGUGUGUGUGGAGCAGCAGAGACCCUUUAUUCCCAACCGCUGGUUCUCAGAUCCUACUCUCUCGGCUCUGGUGAAGCUGAUGAAGGAGUGCUGGUACCAGAACCCCUCUGCUAGACUUACAGCACUCCGCAUCAAGAAGACCCUGGACAAGAUUCAAAGCUCUCUUGAGAAGGGCAAGGAGUCGUAAGGGAGGAGCCUCAGGUGCGGCGUCCAGCGAGAAGAAAGGCUGACCGGGAAGGCGGAGCUCUGAAGCGGCUCCACUCUGUUUUUAUCCUCUUGUGGAUGCCUUCCACCCACCUCCCUCUGUUUGACUUGAAGAUGUUCAGACGUCCAUCAGUUCCCCUUCAUCUGAAGCGUUUACUGUUCGGAAACGGACGCCGUUUUGUUUUUCACCUAACGACACUUGAACGCCCACGUCAGACUCUUUUCAAUCUUUGGCCUUUCUUCAACCCAAACAUAACAUCCAGAUCUCCAGCAGAGCGCUGCUGACAGACAAUCAUUUAGCUUCACGUGCCAGGAAAUCGCUGUUACAAAAGGAAAAGAGCCAAUCAAAUCAACUGUGGGGUUUUAAAUAUAGUUUUUUGUUGUUUUUUUUUAUCAAAACACCAGAAUAUUUAUGUGUUGAAUCUUCACUGUUGCCACACUACUGAGGAUCUGGAGGACUGGACUGUAAACGUAAAGAUGAACUCAAGUAGGAAUUUAUUUACUGGAAAGAAACUUGGAGGGAAAAAAAACACUACAGGCACAUUUUUAAAGCUGGUUUGUGUAGAAAUAGCACACUUUAAGUAUGAACUUGUCUGCAGCUGAACUUGAAAGUAUGAACAUAUCCGGUGCGUCGACACGUUCGACGCAUGUUCGACACGUGCAGAAAGGAAUCGGGACAGACGUGUUUGUGCUAAAAACAAACAUGUAGCAUGCUGGAUCUUUCCAGUUCUGCCACAUUCUUUAAGUUGCCUAAAGAGAAAAUCAAAACAACUUGAUGUUGAAACUUUUAUUGAAGACUGGUUUCAGCACUAAAAGUGCUUUUGCUUUGUUUUGGUGGGGAAAAAAAUGUUUUUUUAUAUGUAAUAAAACAUUAACUGCAGUGUAA